UACAAGUAAUGGAGCCGGGGAUGGAAAUAAAUGACGUCCAAGGCCUUUUCCAGUUCUGACUUUGGGAAACGGGGAGGGCACUUCCGCAGGAGGGAGGACUAAGGGAAGAGGAAAGGGCGGCGCAAAGAAGGAGGUGCUGCGUCGCCAAGGUGGCAUCCUCGGCUCCGCCCCGGCGCUCUCCCAGGGCCCCUAGCUUUCCGCUGGGUCGGGCGGAAAUGAGCCGUGGCUUUUGGCUGGCGGAGCCGCUGGCAGGGACCGGGCCCCACCCUGCCCCAGUGGCUGCCGACUCACGCGGGUGCAGCUCUGUUCCGCAGAGGCACGCCCCCUCCCGUCUCUCCGUCUCGACCCCCUCGCGGGGCCCAGGUGCCAGGAUGGUGGGAGAACUCCGCUACAGGGAAUUCAGGGUGCCCCUGGGGCCUGGCUUACAUGCCUAUCCUGAUGAGCUGAUCCGCCAGCGAGUGGGCCAUGAUGGGCAUCCUGAGUACCAGAUCCGUUGGCUCAUCCUGCGGCGUGGUGAUGAGGGGGACGGGGGCUCUGGCCAAGUGGACUGCAAGGCUGAGCACAUCCUGCUGUGGAUGUCCAAGGAUGAGAUCUAUGCCAACUGCCACAAGAUGCUGGACGAGGAUGGCCAGGUCAUCGGGCCCUCCCAGGAGUCUGUAGGGGAGGUUGGGGCCCUGGACAAAUCUGUGCUGGAGGAGAUGGAAACUGAUGUGAAGUCCCUCAUUCAGAGAGCCCUUCGGCAGCUGGAGGAGUGUGUGGGCACCAUCCCUCCUGCUCCUCUACUUCACACUGUCCACGUGCUCAGCGCCUAUGCCAGCAUUGAGCCCCUCACUGGAGUAUUCAAGGACCCAAGGGUCCUGGACUUGCUCAUGCACAUGUUGAGUAGUCCCGAUUAUCAGAUUCGCUGGAGUGCAGGCCGGAUGAUACAAGCCCUGUCCUCCCAUGACGCUGGUGAGGGGCAGUGUGGGGAGGAAGGGAAAGCAGGAGAAGGGCUGGGUCGGCUCAGGGACUCACAGGACACUGUGGCAGGAGCCUCUGAUCUCAUCAGGACCCGGACUCAGAUCCUUCUGUCACUGAGCCAACAAGAAGCCAUUGAGAAACACCUGGAUUUUGACAGCCGCUGUGCUCUGCUAGCACUGUUUGCACAGGCCACGCUCUCUGAACACCCCAUGUCUUUCGAGGGCAUUCAGCUACCACAGGUCCCAGGAAGGGUGCUCUUCUCCCUGGUGAAGCGGUAUUUGCAUGUCACCUCGCUCCUGGAUCAGCUGAACGACAGUGCUGCGGAGCCAGGAGCCCAGAACACCUCUGCUCCUGAGGAGUUGAGUGGGGAGAGGGGUCAACUGGAGCUGGAGUUCAGUAUGGCCAUGGGCACCCUGAUCUCGGAGCUGGUGCAAGCCAUGCGCUGGGACCAGGCCUCAGACAGACCAAGGAGCUCAGCACGGUCCUCCAGUUCCAUCUUCCAGCCUCAGCUGGCAGAUGUGAGCCCAGGGCGCCCCGCUGCCCAGGCUCAGCCCUCCUUCAGGAGGUCAAGACGUUUUCGCCCUCGUUCUGAGUUCGCAAGUGGCAAUACCUAUGCCUUGUAUGUGCGGGACACACUGCAGCCGGGGAUGCGAGUGCGGAUGCUGGAUGAUUAUGAGGAGAUCAGUGCCGGGGAUGAGGGCAAGUUUCGGCAGAGCAACAACGGUGUGCCUCCUGUGCAGGUAUUUUGGGAGUCAACAGGCCGCACCUAUUGGGUGCACUGGCACAUGCUGGAGAUCUUGGGCUUUGAGGAAGACAUUGAGGACAUGGUUGAGGCUGAUGAGUACCAAGGGGCAGUGGCCAGUAGAGUCCUGGGUAGAGCCCUGCCUGCCUGGCGCUGGAGGCCCAUGACAGAACUCUAUGCUGUGCCUUAUGUGCUGCCUGAGGAUGAGGACACUGAGGAGUGUGAACACCUGACCCUGGCUGAGUGGUGGGAACUCCUCUUCUUCAUCAAGAAGCUGGAUGGACCUGACCAUCAGGAGGUUCUCCAGAUCCUCCAGGAGAACCUAGAUGGGGAGAUUCUGGACGAUGAGAUCCUAGCUGAACUGGCCGUGCCCAUAGAAUUGGCCCAGGACUUGCUGCUGACUCUGCCACAGCGACUCAAUGACAGUGCCCUCAGGGACCUGAUCAACUGCCAUGUCUACAAGAAGUAUGGGCCUGAAGCCCUAGCAGGGAACCAAGCCUACCCAUCCCUUCUGGAAGCCCAAGAAGAUGUCCUCCUGCUCGAAGCGCAGGCCCAGGCUAAGGACUCAGAAGAUGCAGCCAAAGCGGAAGCAAAAGAACCCCCAUCUCAGAGUCCCAACACUCCCCUGCAGCGUCUGGUGGAGGGUUAUGGUCCAGCUGGGAAAAUCCUCCUGGAUCUAGAGCAAGCCCUCAGCUCGGAGGGGACCCAGGAGAACAAGGUCAAGCCACUCCUGCUGCAGCUGAAGCGGCAGCCGCAGCCCUUCCUGGCACUGAUGCAGAGCCUGGACACUCCGGAGACUAACAGGACCCUGCACCUGACCGUGCUGAGAAUCCUGAAGCAGCUGGUGGACUUCCCCGAGGCACUGCUGCUCCCCUGGCACGAGGCCGUGGAUGCCUGCAUGGCCUGCCUGCGGUCCCCAAACACUGAUCGAGAGGUGCUCCAGGAACUGAUUUUCUUCCUGCACCGCCUGACCUCAGUGAGCAGGGACUAUGCCGUGGUGCUGAAUCAGCUGGGAGCAAGAGACGCCAUCUCCAAGGCCCUGGAAAAGCACCUGGGAAAGCUGGAGCUGGCUCAGGAGCUGCGGGACAUGGUGUUCAAGUGUGAGAAGCAUGCCCACCUCUACCGCAAACUCAUCACCAACAUCCUGGGAGGCUGCAUCCAGAUGGUGCUGGGCCAGAUCGAAGACCACAGACGAACCCACCGGCCCAUCAACAUCCCUUUCUUUGAUGUGUUCCUCAGAUACCUGUGCCAGGGCUCCAGUGUGGAAGUGAAGGAGGACAAGUGCUGGGAGAAGGUGGAGGUGUCCUCCAAUCCGCACCGGGCCAGCAAGCUGACGGACCACAACCCCAAGACCUACUGGGAGUCCAAUGGCAGCGCUGGCUCCCACUACAUCACCCUGCACAUGCGCCAGGGCAUCCUCAUCAGGCAACUGACUCUGCUUGUGGCUAGUGAGGACUCGAGUUACAUGCCGGCCCGAGUGGUGGUGUGCGGGGGUGAUAGCACUAGCUCUCUUCACACGGAACUCAACUCGGUGAAUGUGAUGCCCUCUGCCAGCCGGGUGAUCCUCCUGGAGAACCUGACCCGCUUCUGGCCCAUCAUCCAGAUCCGCAUAAAGCGCUGCCAGCAGGGUGGCAUUGAUACGCGCAUUCGGGGGUUAGAGAUCCUAGGCCCCAAGCCCACGUUCUGGCCAGUGUUCCGGGAGCAGCUCUGUCGUCACACACGCCUCUUCUACAUGGUUCGGGCACAGGCCUGGAGCCAGGACAUGGCAGAGGACCGCAGGAGCCUCCUGCACCUGAGUUCUAGACUCAACGGUGCUCUGCGCCAGGAGCAGAAUUUUGCUGACCGCUUCCUCCCUGAUGACGAGGCUGCCCAAGCUCUGGGCAAGACCUGCUGGGAGGCCCUGGUCAGCCCUGUGGUGCAGAACAUCACCUCCCCUGAUGAGGAUGGCAUUAGCCCCCUGGGUUGGCUGCUGGACCAGUACCUGGAGUGUCAGGAAGCUGUCUUCAACCCCCAGAGCCGCGGCCCAGCUUUCUUCUCGCGGGUGCGCCGUCUCACUCACCUGCUGGUGCAUGUCGAGCCCUGUGAGGCACCCCCUCCUGUGGUGGCCACUCCUCGGCCCAAAGGCAGAAACAGAAGCCACGACUGGAGCUCCUUGGCUACCCGGGGCCUUCCAAGCAGCAUCAUGAGAAACCUGACGCGCUGUUGGCGGGCCGUGGUGGAGAAGCAGGUGAACAAUUUUCUGACCUCAUCCUGGCGGGAUGAUGACUUUGUGCCACGCUACUGUGAGCACUUUAAUAUUCUGCAGAACUCAAGCUCUGAACUGUUUGGGCCUCGGGCAGCCUUCUUGCUGGCGCUGCAAAAUGGCUGUGCGGGAGCCUUGCUGAAGCUCCCUUUUCUCAAAGCUGCCCACGUGAGUGAGCAGUUCGCCCGGCACAUUGACCAGCAGAUCCAGGGCAGCCGGAUCGGUGGAGCCCAGGAAAUGGAGAGGCUGGCACAGCUGCAGCAAUGCCUGCAAGCUGUCCUGAUUUUCUCCGGCUUGGAGAUAGCCACCACUUUUGAACAUUAUUACCAGCACUACAUGGCGGACCGUCUCCUGGGCGUGGUCUCGAGCUGGCUGGAGGGGGCCGUGCUGGAGCAGAUCGGUCCCUGCUUCCCCAACCGCCUCCCCCAGCAGAUGUUGCAGAGCCUGAGCACCUCUAAGGAGCUGCAGCGCCAGUUCCACGUCUACCAGCUCCAGCAGCUGGAUCAGGAACUCCUAAAGCUGGAGGAUACAGAGAAGAAAAUACAGGUGGGCCUUGGGGCCAGUGGCAAGGAGCACAAGAGCGAGAAGGAAGAGGAAGCUGGGGCAGCAGCAGUGGUGGAUGUGGCGGAGGGAGAGGAGGAAGAGGAGGAGAAUGAGGACCUCUACUAUGAAGGGGCAAUGCCAGAAGUGUCUGUGCUUGUCCUGUCCCGACACUCCUGGCCUGUUGCCUCAAUCUGCCACACACUGAACCCCAGAACCUGCCUGCCCUCCUACCUGAGGGGCACUUUGAACAGAUACUCCAACUUCUACAACAAGAGUCAGAGCCACCCUGCCCUUGAGCGAGGCUCACAGAGGCGACUGCAGUGGACGUGGCUGGGCUGGGCUGAGCUGCAGUUUGGGAACCAGACCCUGCAUGUGUCCACCAUGCAGAUGUGGCUACUGCUGUAUCUCAACGACCUGAAGGCGGUCUCUGUGGAGAGUCUGCUGGCGCUCUCAGGGCUCUCCGCAGACAUGCUCAAUCAGGCGAUUGGGCCCCUCACCUCUUCAAGAGGCCCCCUGGACCUUCACGAGCAAAAGGAUAUACCAGGAGCGUUUAUUUCAGGGGUCCUCAAGAUUCGAGAUGGCAGCAAGGAACCCAGGUCGAGAUGGGACAUUGUGCGGCUCAUCCCACCUCAGACGUACCUGCAAGCUGAGGGUGAAGAGGGCCGGAACUUGGAGAAGAGACGGAAUCUUCUGAACUGCCUCAUCGUCCGAAUCCUCAAGGCCCAUGGAGAUGAGGGGCUGCACAUUGACCAGCUUGUCUGUCUGGUGCUGGAGGCUUGGCAGAAAGGCCCGUGUCCUCCCAGGGGUUUGGUCAGCAGCCUUGGUAAGGGGUCUGCCUGCAGCAGCACUGACGUCCUCUCCUGCAUCCUACACCUCCUGGGCAAAGGCACGCUGAGACGCCAUGACGACCGGCCCCAGGUGCUGUCCUAUGCAGUCCCUGUGACUGUCAUGGAGCCUCACACUGAGUCCCUGAACCCAGGCUCCUCAGGCCCCAACCCACCCCUCACCUUCCAUACCCUGCAGAUUCGCUCCCGGGGUGUGCCCUAUGCCUCCUGCACUGCCACCCAGAGCUUCUCUACCUUCCGGUAGCCCUAGACUUGGGGUCAGGGGAAGGUAGAGCUGGAGCUUUUACAGAAAUAAAACCCAAGAGUUUGAUUAUA